AUGUUUUCACUCAUUCAAUUACCUNGGACAAUUUUAUAUUAUUUAAGAUGGACAAAUGUUAAAGAUGUGAAGAAUAUUAAAUUUAUUUUUUUUAGACUAGAAUUAGAGGAAAAAAUUUACAUUUUGAACAAACCUCCUCAUAUAGAUUAAUUAAAAAAUUUAGUUAUCAUUACAAAUGAAAUCAAAUUAUUCUAAUUAAAAUAGAUCUAAUAUUAUUGGAAUGGUAAAGAAUUAAAGGCUGGAGGUUUAAUAAAUAAUGAUGGAAUUAAAGUAGGUUAUUGGAAAGAGUUACAUCAAAAUUUUUUAAAGUUAAAUUUUAUAAGAAAAUAGAUGUACUUAUAUCACAUUUGUUGGAAAUUAUUAGGAUGGAAAAAGAAAUGGACUUUGGAAAUAUAAAUCUUUCAAUAAAACAAUGUAAUCAAACUGUAUAUAUAAUAAGAGCUGGUGGAUUUUAUGACAAUUUAGGAAGAAAAUAAGAUAAAUGGAUAGAAUUGUUCUUAAAUUUUACAAGGUAAUCAUAUAUAUUUAGUGAGUUAGAUAACAUUAUAUAUUAGAAGAAGGUCAGUAUUAGAAUGAUUUAAAAAUCGGGCUUUGGAGUUAUUUGUGCUUCAAUACGAUAAUGUACUAGUUUUGAAAUUUUAUAAUUAGUUAUUGUGGUGUUUAUAUAGAUGGAUUAAAAUGUGGGUAUUGGCACGAAUUAACAGAUUUAUUUUCUAAGUAAAAAAUAGAUGAUAUUUUUAAGAAAAUAUCAAGUUUUUGAGGUUGGCUAAUAUAUAGCUGGUAAAAGAGUAAACAAAUGGAAUAUACUGCUUAGAGAAUAAUAUAAUUCAAUUACUUAAAAUAUGUUAUUAUAAUUAUUAAUAUUUUUUUAGAGGAGGAGGAUAUUAUGAUGAUAAUUUUUGUAAAGUUGGCUUGUGGAGAGAAUUGUUUGAUAACUUUUAAUUGUAUUACAUAAUAUUUUAAUAUAGCGAUUGCCAGUUAUUUUACAAAGGUUAUUAUGAAUCAAAUAUUAAAGAAGGUUAUUGGAAAAUUUUAUAUAAUUAGUAUAUUGGAGAUCAAUAUUUAAUUGAAUAAAUGUAUAUAAAAAAUAUAUAAAUAAUUAGAGGAGGUGGGUUUUAUAAUAAAGCAGGUGAGAAGAAAGGAUAUUGGAUAGAACCUCAUUAUAAUUUUAGAAAGUAAAUUAAUAUAAUUAAUGAAAAGUCUAUGUGAAGUAGUUCAUAAAGGACAUUACAGUUAAGGAAAAAAAAUUGGUGUGUGGGAGACGUUUUUUGAAAAUAAAUUAAUGUUAAAGAAUUUUAAUUAAAUUAUAUAGAGGUAUAGGGUAAUAUGUAGAGAAUGUGAAAAUGAAAAAAUAAGUUGAAAUAGAUGAAAAAUUCAACGGGUAAUAAAUAACACAUAAUCAACAGGUUUUAGUAAAUAGUAAAUUAUGGAUUUUAUAAUCAAAAUAUCAAAGUUGGUAUUUGGAAUAGUAUUAUUUAAAAUGACGAGAAUGAAGACUUUUUUAAGUAAUUAAUAUUUUGAUACUUAUGAUAAUUUUUAAGAUUUG